AUGAACACGCUCAACUCUGACAAUGUAUUAGCCCACGCUGCGAGGGCUCUUCGGAAAGACAAUGAGGGUCAGCUUAGCCUCAAAACACCCUACGAGGCUAUUGCGCUCAUCGGUCAUGCAUGUAUGAAGGCAGUCGAUUUCAGGCUUCUCGGAUUGGGAGAGGAGCACACUAUAGAAAGCUCGACUGAAGACCAGACGUUACCCGCAGAAUGGAAUGCUAAUGAUACAUAUGCCUUUCGCUAUGCCCAUUCACAGUCCUCCAUGCAGUUCUUGCUGAAGAUCAGUCGAUUGGGAAAUAAUGCCGUUGUCCUUGCCCUGGCCCUAGGCGAUGACAGAACCUCUUCAUUUGAUCUGCCAGUUAAGGACUACAUAUCCGAGUCUGCCUUUCCUAUCACAUCCGCAGACGACUUGACGAAGACCCUAAGGGAUGUGUUCAUUUCCGAAGCGCGGCUGAAUGACUUAAUUGGGCUGUUCAAAAUGAACGUGAUUCUGAAGCUAGCUCCUGGCUUGUAUAAGGAAGGAUACGAAGAUACCGCUCAAGCCGUACGAGAAAGGCAACAAGAAAGACCACCUCAAUAUGAUCCCUUAAGGGAUGAUACACUGCCUCAGCCUGCACGCCCUUAUCCAUUUGAUGAUCCCCUGGCGGCAGGUCCUCGUCGACCGGCGCCCCCAGGUGAUUUUGCUCCCCCAGGAUUUGAAGACGAAUAUGAGAUCUACAGACCUCCCCGAGGAUAUCCCCAGGGAAAUGGUGGCCGUAAUCCCUUGAGUAUUGGCGAUAGAGAUUUGUAUCCUGCCGGUCUCGGUCCGAAUGACCCUAUUCGAGGAGGCGUCGGCCCUGGUCUUGGAGGGGGAGGUGGUGGCGGAAUGCACCCAACAUUUGACGACCCUUUGUUCGGUGGUCGCCGAGACGGUGGUUACGAUCCGCAAGCACCCCCUGGAUCUCGAUAUGAUCCCGUAGGUCCGGGAGAUGCGCCCUCCGGACGAGGGCGUGGUCCGUUUGGAGGAGGCUCUGGAGGAGGAUUUGGAGGAUUUGGCGGUGACAUCAUUUAG